GUUAUGGUCACGUGGUGAGGUCAAGUUUAGCGGGAAAGAAAACAUGGCGAGCGAAGAAGCAGGUAGCGUUGCGGAGCCAGUACAAUGUCCCGUUUGUUUUAAGGAUUUCGCGGCGUCAGAAAUCAAUGCCCAUCUGGACAGAUGUUUGUUAAACAAUGACAGUUGUCCGACAUCAACCAGUAAAGACAUGAACGGACCACCUCUCAAGAAACCUCGCAUUUCUAGCAAAGCGUCUAGUCCAACAGUCAACACGACAGACUCGUCGGAGGCGAGGAAAAGUACCGCGCCGCCCUCUCCGAUUUUCAGGAUGUUUCAGACCAACAUAAAUAAGGGUCCAGUUCAAAGUGAACGAAAUACAUUUUUAUCGAAUAAACCGAUUGCCAGCACUGCUGUCAGCAAAGGAACGAAACGUCAUUCACCGGACGAGAUGGGGGCAGGUAAAGCGACGGGACAGUUUUGCAUCGACCCCCCUGCAUCGAACACACUAAUAAAGACCCCGUGUGAUACUACACCUGUGCGCGCACUGCUGAAUAUCGAUAAGCCGCUGGCGGAGAAACUGCGACCAACCACGCUCGAGGAAUAUUUCGGACAAAACAAAGUAGUAGGAGAACACACCCUUCUCAGGUCGCUGUUGGAUUCUCAGGAGAUACCGUCAUUGAUCCUAUGGGGACCACCUGGAUGUGGGAAGACCACCCUGGCCCACAUCAUAGCCAGCGGCAAUAAGAAGAGGGGCACGGCCCGCUUCGUUUCUCUCUCUGCCACCAGCACAUCCACCAAUGAGGUGCGAGAGGUCAUUAAGCAGGCCCAGAAUGAGUUAAAACUGAUGAAGAGGAAGACCAUCCUCUUUAUAGAUGAGAUCCAUCGCUUCAACAAGUCACAACAGGAUACCUUCCUCCCUCAUGUGGAGUGUGGGACAGUGACUCUGAUCGGGGCAACCACGGAGAACCCUUCGUUCCAGGUGAACGCGGCUCUGCUUAGCAGGUGCAGGGUCCUGGUUCUGGACAAGCUGUCUGUGGAGGCAAUGGGGUUGAUCCUGCUCAGGGCCGUCGCUACGCUGGGGAUCAGUGUACUGGGAGAAGAUCUCAGCGACCGCAUAGAUCAAGACGAGUUAGACCCAACCGAGCUCAGAUCAGAACCAAAGGUCUAUAUUGAGCAGAAGGCUCUGGACACCAUAGCCCACCUGUGUGACGGCGACGCCCGGGCGGGGCUCAACGGACUCCAGCUGGCUGUCCAGGCCCGGGUGGGUGCAGCCCGUCCUGGCCAAUCAGGAUCUGGCAGUACCCCACAUGACAUUGUGGUGCAGGAGGAGCAUGUGAAGGAGGGCCUUCAGAGGUCCCAUAUCCUCUAUGACAAAGCAGGUGAGGAGCACUAUAACUGCAUCUCAGCGCUGCACAAAUCAAUGAGGGGCUCCCACGAGAAUGCUUCCCUCUACUGGCUGGGCCGCAUGCUGGAGGGAGGAGAGGACCCCUUGUACGUGGCUCGCAGACUAGUCCGCUUCUCUAGUGAAGACGUGGGUAUGGCAGAUCCCUCUGCCCUUCCUCAGGCUGUAUCUGCCUUCCAGGCCUGCCACCUCAUCGGGAUGCCAGAGUGUGAGGUGAUCUUGGCUCAGUGUGUGGUGUACCUGGCCAGGGCUCCUAAGUCGGUAGAAAUCUACAAGGCGUACGGUAACGUGAAGGCCAGUCUGAGGAACCAUAAGGGCCCCCUACCCUCUGUUCCCCUGCACCUUCGCAACGCCCCCACCAAGCUCAUGAAGGACCUGGGCUACGCUGAGGGCUACAAGUACAACCCUGCCUUCAGUGCCCCUGUGGAGCAGGACUACCUGCCUGAGGAGCUCCGGGGAAUGGACUUCUUCACCUGGAACCCCUCUGACCUAUAACCUUUGAGGUUGACCCAUGACCUCUGGCACCUGAGGUGAAGGUUACUGUGAGGGUUAUAAUGCUAAAGAUCCAUUUUUGUGCUAUGAGGACCUCUGAAAAAGCUGCUGGAUCUAACACGAAUAGAACACUUAAGUAGAAGACCAAUUUUGAGUUCAAUGAUAUCACUUUGUUAAAUAAAUGUCAUCUUGUAUUGUAGAUUGUUAGCAUUAUGUUGAUAUAUUUUGUUCAAUAGACUUAUAAAUAAACAGAGGGACAGUAAUUAGCACCUUUUCUAUUAUAAUACAUUUUAUCAUCUAGGACGUACUGAGUGUACAUAGCAUUAGGAACACCUUCCUAAUAUUGAGUUGCACCCCCUUUUGCCCUCAGAACAGCCUCAAUUCAUAAGGGCAUGGACUCUACAAGGUGUUGAAAGCAUUCCACAGGGAUGCUGG